AUGCUCCGGCUGGGAAAUGCUCAAGCUGGAUAUGAGCAUGCAGCAUUCAGCGUACCGGGUGCGAGUAGCUUCGUUGCUCCGACCGGCGUUCCUUCAAGUGUCUGGUCGUCGUUCUAUCCAGUGCCCACAGGACAGGAGCCACAGCCUGCCGUCUACGAUCCCAUCCUCAACAUCACCUAUCCCGCGAACCUGACGAAUCCUGACACAAUACCAGACUACGACCCGGAUCCUGUCUUCUACCCUCAGCCGACCGCCAACUUGACACUAUCGGAGCAGAACAAGGUGAUAUCAGAUGUCGUCUCCGAUGUCAAAUCGAAAAUCGCCGAGUCUCAGUCCUCCGGGAACUGCUCAACAUGUCUGGAAGCUCUCUCCAUCGCCAAGCGUGCCGCUCAAUUGGCUCCAAGUCUUGUACCUGAUGCACUGGUGAGCUUUUGCAACGCUACGGGAUUCAAGUCUGAAGAAGCCUGUGUGGAAAGCUACAAUGCGUCGACCUUUGGAGCCAUCUGGACUCAAGUCCUAGCAUUUGCAGACGUUUCAGGUCUGGACGGCCACUACAUCUGCCAUUCCCUAUCAAGCACCUUCUGUGAUGCUUCCAAGACUUCCCCUUUGAUCGCGACUGGACUUUUUCCAAAGCCCAAGCCGAAGCAUCCGAAGGUGUUCAAGCCAAGCGGCGAAACGGUCAAGGUCCUACACAUGAGCGACUUUCACAUCGAUCCUCGAUACAAAGUCGGAUCAGAAGGAAAUUGCACCAGCGGUCUGUGCUGUCGAUCGAAUGAAAAAAACUCCGACCUCAUAAGUGGCCAGACUAGCUUUCCUGCGCCUUCGUACGGAUACUUCGACUGUGACUCUCCUUAUGACCUCGGUCUGGCUGCGCUCCAAGCAGUUGGUCCAUUGACGGGUACAUCAAAGAAGAAUCCAUUGGGCUGGACGAUCUAUACGGGAGAUCUGGUUAGUCAUGAGAGCCAGAACGAGCUGAGUCGUGCAUACACCACUUAUGCCGAGACGACGAUCUACAAUUACAUGUUCAAAUCUUACCUGACAGGACCCGUUUUCGCAGUACUGGGAAAUCAUGACACGAACCCAGAGGCAAUUACAGCACCGCAUUCUCUACCAGGUCCACUCGGUCAACAGAUGAGCUGGAAUCACGACCAUGUCUCCGCAUUAUGGAAACACGAAGGUUGGAUCAAUGAUGCAGCAGCCGCCCAAGCACGACUCCACUACGGCGCAUACUCGAUGAAGAACCAUUACGGUUUACGAAUGAUCACCUUCAACUCGGACUUCUGGUACCACAGCAACAUCCUCAACUUCAUCAACACCACCAACCCGGAUGUCAGUGGAACCUUCCAAUUCGUGAUUGACGAAUUGCAGGCCGCCGAAGACGCCGGAGAACGAGUCUGGCUCUUCGCUCACGUGCUCUCAGGUUGGGACGGUAGCAAUCCCAUGCCCAACCCGACGAACCUCUUCUAUCAAAUCGUUGAGCGAUACUCUCCGCACGUCAUCGCCAACAUCUUCUUUGGCCAUACGCAUGAAGACCAAUUCGAGAUCUUCUACGCCAAUAACGGCACAAACCAAUCUUGCUCCACCGCUCUAAACACAGCCUGGAUUGGCCCCUCCGUCACACCCCUCACAAACCUCAACUCCGGUUUCCGCAUGUACACAGUCGACACCGGCACCUUCAACAUCCAUGACGCCUACACCUUCACCGCCGACGUCUCCUCCUUCUCCAACCUCACCACCACCGGUCCAGUCUUUUCUCUCGAAUACUCCACCCGCGAAGCCUACGGCGCCGCAGCGAACUGGCCAGCGGAAGCACCACUGAACGCAACGUUCUGGCAUAAGGUGACGGAGGCGAUGGAGAGGGAUCGCAAACUAGUCAGUCAAUUCAACACGUAUCAGGGGAAGAGUAGUGUGCGCACGCCGAAUUGUACGAGCGAGGAGUGCGCUGCUGCGAAGAUCUGUUACAUGCGAAGUGGGAGUGUUGCCUUGGGACAGGCGUGUACGCAAGGAUAUGGGAGUGUGCAGAGCGCUUUCAACCCGAAGAAGAAGAAGAAGUGA